UUCCAGGGAACGCGCUGUGAAAUUGACACCGACGAGUGUAUCUCAGGCCCAUGCCAGAACCAGGGCCACUGUCUUGACCGGGUCAACAGCUACAGGUAAAAGUGAACCGCGAGGGGCACCUUAUAUACAUAGUCUGCAUACCAAAUGGCACUCUAUUCCCUAUGUAGUGCAGUGCUUUUGAUCAGAACCCUAUAGGAUCCGGCCUAAUGUAGUGCACUGUAUAGGCAACAGGGAGCCAUUUGGGACACUUCCAUUCAUUUGUCAAACCAGAGAUACUCACUCAAACAAACAAAGAUGAAAAUGGCUGUCAGAUUUUAUGAAUAAUGGAUUAUAAACACAUACCAGAUGAUUUUAUGAUUUGAUCAAUUACGCACAAUACCUGCUCCCAUUUAGCAGUAAUUUAGCUAACACUAAUGAGUGCAAUUAAUUCCAAGGUGACAAUUAUUGAAUAUGGUGAAAUUGGGACAAGUAGAUAGUGAGCUUCACAAUCUCAAGAUGGUGGUUGCCUUAUGAUGACUCCGGAAGUAUAAUGAAUAUUAUCACAUACUUAUCACAACCAUAUUAUUUUUACCGUCUCUGAACAUAUUAUAAAUAUAUUGAUAGUAUGGUCUCUGUAAUAUUAUAAUAAAUAUACUACAUUAUGUGCUCUGUAUAUUAUAAGCACAUAUAAUGAACAUGUAUUUACCACAGCAAUAUAUUGUUGUUGUGGUCUCAGAUCAGAUGUGUGUGAUUUGGUGUGAUGUUGCUACACAACGCUAAGCGUGACCCUGUGAUAUGGUUAAAUGAACUGUUAAAUGAACAAAGGCUCAUGCCAUAUUUCCAUAAACACUAUGCAAAAAAUUAUGUGGCUUCAUAACAUGCCCUUUGGAGUGGAAAUGAGGUCAGUUCAAUGAGGAACCGUCUCCCCUUUUAACUCAAAACAGGACUGUUUAUAUGAAUCCUUCUUUACAGCUUAGUUUAACGUUUAGUCAAACAGUCACAAUCUAAAAGGUUCCGGUCAAUCUAGAUCCGAUGUGUAAUUAAUAUCAGAUAAAGUCCUCUUCAUUGAUCUGUUAUUUUAUCAUUUUGUCUUCCUCACAUGUGCCACUACGAGUAAACAAAUAGAUUUUCUAUUUUGUAUGCAAGAGGAUAUCAAUAUUAAUGAUUGCCUUUGUUUUCAGCUGUGACUGUGAGCCUGGGUUUUCUGGCCGACACUGUGAGGAAGACAUCAAUGAAUGUGCCUCCAGCCCCUGCCAAAAUGGAGGCAUUUGCCAAGACCUGGUGAACAGGUUGGUACCUACAGUACCAGGACACCCUUGUCCUUGCUUAAUUUUAAAACCAAAUAAAAUAAAAAACCAAGAACCAACCCCCAUUUUUUUUCCCCCCCCCCCUUUUUAAAAAAUUUUUUUUUUUAAACCACCCCCCCAAACCCCCCCUUUUUUUAUUUUUUCUUUUUUCCCCCCCAUAAAAAAUUUUUUUUUUCCCAAAAAAUUCUUCCCCCCCCCUUUUUCCAAACCCGGUUUUUUUCCCCCCCCCCCUUUUUUUUAAACCCCCAAAAAAAAAAAAAAUUUGUUUUUGGUUUAAUUUUUUAAAAAACCUAAAAGGGUUUUUUUUUUGUUAAUUUAAAAAAAAAAAUAUUUUUUUUUACAGAAAAAUUUUUUUUUUUUGUUUUGGGUAAGGGGCCCCCGGGGGGGUUUUUUUAAAAAAAGGGGAAAUAAAUUUUUGGGAAAAAAGAAAAAUUUUUAAAAAAAAACCCAAUAAAAGGGGAUUUAAAAAAACCCCCUUAAAACAAUUUUUUUUCCCCAUUAUUUAGGAGAAAAAAAAAAAAAAGGGACGGGUUUUUUCCCCCUUUAAAGUUUUUUGUUUUGGGGUUUUUGGAAAAAACCCCCCCAAAUAAAAGGCCCUUUCCCCGGGAAAAAGGGGGUUAUUUUGGGAAACCCUUUUACUUCCUUUUGACCUUUUCCGGAAAAAAAGUAAAUAAAAGGGGCCCCCCGGGGGGGGGCCGCUGGAAAUUUUAUUUUUUUUUUUUAAAAAAAAAACCCCUACCCCCUUUAAUAGGGCCCCCCCGGUGGGCCCCCAAAUAAGGAAAAAGAAGGGGGAAAAACCCCAAAAUUUUUUUUUUUUAAAAAGGAACCCCGGAAAAAAAGUUUUAAAGCCGGGGGUUUUAAAAUGGGGAAAAGGGGGGUUUGGGGGGCCCUACCCUUUAAGGUUUUUUGGGAAAAGGGGCCAAAAAAAAAUUUUAAAGGGGGGGGGCCCAAAGGGGGGGGGGCCCAAAGGCCCAAAAAGGGGGGGGGGGCCCCCAUUGGGGAAACAUUUGGGGCCCCGGGGGGGUUUUCCCUUGGGGAAAAGGGGGGGAAAAAACCACGGGGGGAAAAAGUGGAGGGGGGGGGGGAAGGGGGGAAAAAGGAAAAAAAAAGGGGGGGAAAAAAAGGUUUUUGGGGUUUGGGGGGUUUUUUUCCCCUUUUUUUAAAACAAUAAAAAAAAAAAAUUUUUUUUUAAAAAGAAAAAUUUAAAAAGGGGGAGAAAAAAAACAAAAGAAGGGUUUUUCCCCAAAAAAAAAAAAAAAAUUUUUUUUUAUUUUUUUAAAAAACCCGGGGGGGGGCCCCCCCCCCCGGGAAACCAAAAAAAAGGGGGAUUUAAAGAAAAAAAAAAAAAAGAAUUUUUUUUUGGGGGGGGGCCCCCCCCCCCUUUUGGGGGGGAAGUGAAAAAAAAAAUUUUUUCAAAAAAAAAACCCCCAAAUUCCCCGGGGGGGGGGGGCCCCCCUUUGGGGGCCCCCCCGGGGGGGUACUUUCCCAAGGGGGGAAAAAGGGAGGGGGGGGGGUUUUUUUUCCCCCCCCCCCCCCCCCGGGGGAGGUUUUUUUCCCGGGGGGGGGGGGCCCGGGCCCCCCCGGGGGGCCCCCCCCCCCCCCCCCCCCGGGCCAACCCGCCCGGAAAGGGGAAAAAAAAGCCCCCACCCCCCUGUUUCCUUUUCCUUUUCUUCCCCUCUCCCUCUCUCUCUUCCCCCCCCGGGUCUCCCCUUCCUCACUGCUUUUAAUGGGAGUCCUGGGGCUUAUAGUACGAGGCUGUAGUCCGACAGAUGGCCAGAGAAGUCCCAGGGCCAAUUUAAGUCCUAAAAGGGUUUUUCUCCGUUUUUCCUGUCAUGAUAACCCCGCCCAUGGCCCCAGCUGCGUGCUCUGGUUCCCCCCAUGGGCCCGACCUGGGAGUUCAGUCCAGGUGUGUCUACCCCUCUGUAAAGACUCCUAAAGGAAAAAAGGACCUGGCCGGAUGCGUCCCCAAAGACCCCAUUCCUUUAUAGCAGAGAGUCUGAAACCAUCGAGAGUCUGUGAAAACCCUUACGUACUGGAGAUGUGUUGUAAUGGUACAUGAGAGAUCGUUGUAUGGGAAUUUAGAGUGGGUUUUUAUAGGGUCUUGAAGAUUGUCGUAAGGGUACAUUGAGCGCUGUUGUUUUGGGGGAAAAUGAGAGGUUUUUUGUAUGGGUAAAUUGAGGAUGGUUUUUAUAGGGUAAUUUAGAGAUCUGUCGUAAGGGGAAUUUAGGAGGUUUUUAUAGGGUACAUUGAGAGAUGUGUUUGUAUAGGGUACAUUGAGAGAUGUGUUUGUAUAGGGUACAUUGAGAGAUGUGUUUGUAUAGGGUACAUUGAGAAAUCUGUUUGUAUUGGUACAUUGAGAGCGGACAUGUAAAGAUCUGGUUUGGCCCCCAUUGUUGUCCUCUAUAGCAGUAAACUGUACUGUUGUAUGUUUUGAUAACCAUGUAAAUCUCUCUUGGACAAGGUGACUUUCCUCAAUAUAUUCACCCCCACAAAACUCUCCUAUGGGGAAAAUCAAUGGUGGAAAAAAAACGAUUGGAACCAUUUCCCUGUUUGACCGCUAGGUUUUAUGGGUAUUAUGACUCAUACUGUGGUACUCUAUAGCAGUAAGCUGUAGUGUUGUCCCCUAUAGCAGUAAGCUGUAGUGUUGUCCCCUAUAGCAGUAAGCUGUAGUGUUGUCCCCUAUAGCAGUAAGCUGUAGUGUUGUCCCCUAUAGCAGUAAGCUGUAGUGUUGUCCCCUAUAGAAGGAAGCUGUAGUGUUGUCCCCUAUAGCAGUAAGCUGUAGUGUUGUCCCCUAUAGCAGUAAGCUGUAGUGUUGUCCCCUAUAGCAGUAUGUUGUAGUGUUGUCCCCUAUAGCAGUAUGUUGUAGUGUUGUCCCUAUAGCAGUAAGCUGUAGUGUUGUCCCUAUAGCAGUAAGCUGUAGUGUUGUCCCCUAUAGAAGGAAGCUGUAGUGUUGUCCCCUAUAGCAUUUAAGCUGUAGUGUUGUCCCUAUAGAAGGAAGCUGUAGUGUUGUCCCUAUGAAGGAAGCUGUAGUGUUGUCCCCUAUAGCAGUAAGCUGUAGUGUUGUCCCCUAUAGAAGGAAGCUGUAGUGUUGUCCCCUAUAGCAGUAAGCUGUAGUGUUGUCCCCUAUAGAAGUAAGCUGUAGUGUUGUCCCCUAUAGAAGGAAGCUGUAGUGUUGUCCCCUAUAGCAGUAAGCUGUAGUGUUGUCCCCUAUAGCAGUAAGCUGUAGUGUUGUCCCUAUAGCAGUAAGCUGUAGUGUUGUCCCCUAUAGCAGUAAGCUGUAGUGUUGUCCCCUAUAGCAGUAAGCUGUAGUGUUGUCCCCUAUAGAAGGAAGCUGUAGUGUUGUCCCCUAUAGCAGUAAGCUGUAAUGUUGUCCCCUAUAGAAGUAAGCUGUGAACAGUCAUAAAGUCAUAGAGGAUAGAUGGAGAAAACAGUCAUAAAGUCAGAGGAUAGAUGGAGAAAACAGUCAUAAAGUCAUAGAGGAUAGAUGGAGAAAACAGUCAUAAAGUCAUAGGAGGAUAGAUGGAGAAAACAGUCAUAAAGUCAUAGAGGAUAGAUGGAGAAAACAGUCAUAAAGUCAUAGAGGAUAGAUGGAGAAAACAGUCAUAAGUCAUAGAGGAUAGAUGGAGAAAAACAGUCAUAAAGUCAUAGAGGAUAGAUGGAGAAAACAGUCAUAAAGUCAUAGGAGGAUAGAUGGAGAAAACAGUCAUAAAGUCAUAGAGGAUAGAUGGAGAAAACAGUCAUAAAGUCAUAGAGGAUAGAUGGAGAAAACAGUCAUAAAGUCAUAGAGGAUAGAUGGAGAAAACAGUCAUAAAGUCAUAGGAGGAUAGAUGGAGAAAACAGUCAUAAAGUCAUAGAGGAUAGAUGGAGAAAACAGUCAUAAAGUCAUAGAGGAUAGAUGGAGAAAAUAUCAAAUGAAUUGACAUUUUUCUCUACUAUCAAUAAUGCCUAAACCAACAGAAAACAACCAUAACCUAUCAAAUAGACAGGAGGGCACUUAAUACAAAAUGACUUUGGGAUACUACAUCACUUAUAUCAAUUACACACACUGUUGACUUGAGUGCCACAUGAAAAAAUCUUCUGUAGCCAUUUUGUGUAUCUGUUUGGUCAUCCUAUGGGUGUUCCUGGGAAUAUAGUUAAAUACAGUAGUAUAAUAAUGGUCCUUCCACCUCUAAAUGUUCUGCUUCUUUUUAAUACUGUCUGACCUGUUCAGUUUCCUAUAAUCAUUGUCAUCCCAUCACUAAUAGUUAUUCUUCUUGUUACUGUCUAGGUUCCACUGCAAUUGCCCACCUGGAUAUUUUGGCAGCCUGUGUGACCUGGAUAUUAAUGAGUGUGAAGUUUCACCUUGCCUCCACGAGGCCGUCUGUAUCAACAAACCUGGAGGCUUCAAGUGUGUCUGUCCCCCUGGAUAUGCA